AUGGAGAGCCAGACACUUCACGUUCCAUCCGGUUACAACCAGCACGAUAUCUUUCGAUUAACGAGACGUGAUGUUGAGAAUCCUUCACCUAUUUACCAACAUUCCCAACCUCUCGACGUUACAAUCUAUUGUUCAAGAUACGCCGCCGGCUUACAAUCAGGAGAGGAUCAGUUUUUAAGACAAGAACAUACUCCAACUUACGUGGAAUCGGUCCUGUCACGUCAUCCUCAGACACCUUCUGAAACAACAAUCCCGUUUUAUCGAAGCUCCGAUCUGAACUGCUCUUACGGAAGUUACGAAUCUCUAUCAUCGGUCGAUGAAAUCGUGUUUCCUAAAAAUACGGAAAUAAACUUCAAUCCGGAACUUUGUACAUUUCCAAAAUACGACAUACAAAGCGAUUCGCAAGGCAUGGAGGAUUUAUUGACUUCCAGAGAUACUCAUUCGACUUUCAUACCUAAUACGGUAACAUGCGAUGAGAACAGGUUCCCACCAAGUUUUCUGUACCCGACAAGUAGCAACUUAACUACACCGUCUGGAAAUUACCCGAACAAAGCUGUAGUGUUUUUAACAGAUCAAAAACAAGCUUUCCCUUAUACACCGGAAACUAGGUUUAAAUUGAACUCUCACUGUAGUUCUCCAGUUUUCGAUCCUGAUUCGGAUUGCACGGCGAAAUCUGACGAACUUAUUCCAGACCUUACUCAACACAAUGAUACAAAUAUUACCGAUGGGAUUGAACCUCCAACGUCUGGGUCCGACCUAGACUUGUUCAAAGAUAAUGCAAUAUCUACGGGUAACUGUGCAGAGUCUUUAAGCAAAGAUGCCAAACAAAAUGCAAAUAAUAGUAAUGACGGUGGAGAAAACGACAAACAAUUGACUGUGAAAAGUGCUUCCAGUGAAAAUGUCAAACCGGCACUAUCAUACAUUGCGUUAAUAGCAACCGCUAUUCUAGAAUCUACACAGCAGAGAUUAAGUCUUGGAUCAAUUUAUUCUUGGAUCGAAACCAACUACCCAUUUUACCGAAAUCGGAGUCAAGGUUGGCGGAACAGUGUUCGUCAUAAUUUAUCCCUCAACGAUUGUUUUGUAAAAGCAGGCAGAUGUGAAGACGGCAAAGGCAAUUAUUGGGCCAUCCAUCCGGCUAAUGUGCAGGACUUUAUGAGAGGGGACUUCCGUCAACGACGCCGCUCGCGAAGGAGAGGCCGAAAGGCGUCAUGUGACAUAAACGUAUAUCCAAUGUCCGCUAAAUAUUUAACUAAUCAUUCCAGCUUAACAAUGUCUCCGUUCGCUCCCAACCUGAAUCCGAUUUACUCACCAUACACCGAGGCCGAAAGGCAAGCUUAUCGUCUUGACGAAGCUCUCUUGCGUCAGACAAUCAACAGUCCCUUUGUGAAAUGGUUUCACGGUUCCAUGCCCCAUGCUUCCUUCUCUACAGGUGGAACAGAUUACAAGACUCCUUCUGCUCAUUGGCAAACCUAUUCCGAUAAAGCAUCUCCUUCUACGCAUCAACUUGGUCAUAACUUCUCAAGGUAAUACACAGAGAAAACUGGCAUCUUAGUCUGGAUACCAAUGUGAGAACUGAAACCGGAAACACAUGAAAAUGGGUGCUGUAAAAACUGGUGAAAC